CUCUCGACCACAACAUCCCUCCACCAGUGGCGGGCUUGCGUAGCAGUCAUAGAGGAACAUUCCCCUCAACCCUCGACAUCGUAACGGGGCAGCGUAUCGCAGACCGGAGUAAGUUCAACGGACAUUAGGAUCCGUGAUCGUCGUAGUCACGACGGUCCAUUUACUGAUUACAUCUACUUCUCAGACAGAUCUUCGCAAGACUUACAGCAUUUCUAGCACAGGAAGAACGGCAGCGUUUUCAAUGGUGUUCACGCUUUCUGGCAGCCAGAAGGUGCCUGGAACGCCUGUCCGUGCGCCAUCCGUGCCCACGGAGCAAAGCCCUGGGACGAACUAUUUGGCCGGCUUCUCCUUCUCUCGUAUCGGACAAGAACCUUCCUUGUUAAAGCGUCUCAGCAGCGCCGAUCAGGACCAGGAGUUGCAAUAUCCUUCUUCGCGUUCCUCUCCGUCUCUUCCGGACGAACACGCAGCUAGUGCGGCCUCAUCGCAAACAGCACCUCAUGGUGUCCCAGGAAGCUUGCUAGGAGUUACGCUGCAUAACGCUACUCCGCUACGUGAAGUUACGAUGGCUCGCGCUUCCGUCGCACCCACGACUGACGACACUACCACUUCUGUCGCCGGAUCUUCUUCGCUCUCAGCUCACCCCAUCAGCCCAACUGCUCCCGGCGGUUCAAGCACUCAUUACCCCGAAUUCGUUCAGUCUCAUCGCGUUGACACUACGCACUCGUCCCUCGCUCCCGCGAAAGCAGCACGUCUUUCCAUCACCGCAGACGCGAGUACCGCGUCGUUACGACCUUCUCUCCCCACCUCUGCUGGGGCGAGUGCGUCCACCCCGUUCCAGGAAGCACCCCGUGGUGUCGUCGCGCAAGAAGCAUCUCCUUCGGAUCUCAUUGCACGCAUCUCCCAGGUCGCCGUGGAGAAGGCAGAGUGGAGCGAGAUGAAAACCCUGCUAGAGCGGUACCGACGUGAACACGAGGAGCUACUCCAGAGGACCGAAGAAUCCGCGCGCGCGUACUCGAGAGAGCGCGAGCAGGCGUCGAAGGUCUCCGCCGUUGCCGAUACCGCUUUCGGCAAGCUAGAGACUUUGCUUCUCCGACAAGAGGAGCGUCUUGCCGCGGAGCAGCAGCAAGCCGAGUCGGCGCUCGCGGACACCCAACGGGUCAUCGCUGAUCGCCAAGCCCGCGAAAGCACGGAGGCCGAGGAAGCGUCCCGCGCGGCAGAGGCGGAGCGAGCACGCAAAGCACAUGCUGAGGUUGAAGAGAGGCGCAAGGCAGCGGAGGAGGAAGCCAGGCGCAUCGCCGCAGAAGAAGCGGCGAAACAACGCGCCGCUGCCGAGGAGAUUCGCAAGGCAGAGGCGCAGAGGCAGCAGGCCGAACAGGAGAUUCGGGAAGCCGAAGAGAAGAGGCGGGUGGAGGGAGAGCAGCGCAGGGCAGCAGCAGCAGCAGCAGAAGCGGCAGAAGCAGCGGCCGAAGAAGAGCGACGCAAGAACUACGACAUCAAGCGAGCGGAAGCGGAUGAGAAGAAACGGGUCCAGCUUGAGGCCGUACGAAUCGAGGCACGUCAAAUGCAGGAGAAGAGACCUAAGCCUGCGAAAGAAGAGCUCAAGGCAAGACUAGAGAAGGAGAAGCGUGAGGCGGCUUCUCGAUCAUCCUCUGUCUCAUCAUCUAGCACGAAGCCCCCUGCCAACGCCGAACGCAAGCAAUCAGCAAACGGGAGCACACUGGUGAACGCGAACGCACCGGUAGCGGUUGCUCAGCCUCCCGCUAUUUCCCCGAGUGUCGCGGGCUUAUCCACUCUCCCCGUUAAACCUGUUACGACGAAGGCACAGCGGCCUGUCAAAUUACAGACUGCGAGCAAUAAGGGGAAGGAGAGCGGGAAAUUCGCUUCAGGAGCGAUCGUCAAUCAACAAGCACAGCUGGGUGGCGUCCUUCCGUCCUCUGGCGUGGCGAAUGGGACGCAGGCACAGCAGACGAACGAUAGCCUACCAUCAAACGUGCAGUCGCGAUCGGAGCUGCAUACACCGAAACGUGUCUCUCAGGCUAGCGUCAAAGCAGAGACCGUAACACCUCGUAUACCCCACGAAACACCUGCGCAGGCAGGUGCUAGUGCCGCUACGUCCGGCCCAGCCACGACCAUGCAAGACGAAUCUCCUAGCACUAGUGAGCUGCCUGACCGGACCGCCAAGGCGUUGAAGGCAGUCCAACGGUCGGGUCAGCGCGGCCAGGGUAACAGCUCGUCGAAACGGGCUACUCCAGCUGGCGAAGCUAAGCAGCCCGCAGUUAAACAGGAACAGUCUCCUGAUGUCGGCGAACUGCCCGCUCGAUCCCUCAACGCAACGACUGUGCCCCAAUCGACGGGCGUUGGGCCGCACGUCCACACGAACAAGUUGUCAUCGACCGGCUCUCUGGCCAGCAACGUCAUUCGUCCUCGUCCUACCGCAUCGUCUUCGAAUCCGAUGCACGUCAGAGACACUCAACAUCCAAGUCACUCGUCACCCUCGCUCCAGACCGGCACCUUACCUCCAUCACAAUCCCUGACAGAAAGGCUCCGUGUACCCGAAGCCUAUGAGAGUCAAUUCCAGGACCAUUACGAGGAUCCAUGGGUCAAUACCGUUGAGAGUGCAGAAGAUCAUCUCCAUAGACGAGGUGAAGACGUCCGCGACGACAGACCUUCCAGUCGGCCCGCGUAUGACCACUACUCUCCCCCACGCGAUGUAACUCCUCCCCUUCCCCAGAGGAUAUCGUCACGGGAAUAUGAUCAUUAUUCUCCCAAUCCCGGUCGCCCGCCACGUCGCGAGGCCUACCGCAAGCGGCUCAGGUCGAACGAAAACACUUGGGCUAACGACGAUGAACGCCCUCCUCGCCGGGCCAGGAUUUCUCCACCCAACGACCCUCCGCAGCGACGGCGCGUCACGGCGCCUACACCUCUUGAACAGCCUGACUGGCCAUCGACAAACGAAAGGGAUGCACGCUGGAGCCCUCCUCCUCAUCCUCAGGCCCGCGCGCAGUGGCAGAGUGACUCACUCGAGCCAUAUGACAAUGGUUAUGCAGCGCAUCCCGUUAGGCGCGACGGCGUUGUCUCGCGCAGUCACUACGACGCCGGACCGACAUACACCGUUGACCCGCCGAAUUUCCAGGCAGGAUACGACCAUGCAUCCGGGACGACGUCGACGAACGAUUCACUUCCCCAGACGUCAUCGUGGUCCGAAGACCAUGGCGUACCUCUCCAAGAGCGUAUUGCAGAACCAGAGUCACGAUCUGGUCUACUCGCACGCAUGAGUGACAGUUGGCAGGCGGUUAGUAAUGGUCGAAACAAUCGCAAAGCUGAUCGGUCGCCUCCGCGGUCAGUGCAGCGUGGUCGCGGUGCAAUUUCCACUGGCAGAGGCCGUGGCAGGGGCAUUUCAACAAAAAAUGGUGUGAAAGAACGCUCUCUUCAGUCGCGACUGACUGGUGGCGAAGGACUGGGCGCACGCCUGUCGUGAAUGUAAGUUGUACAUAUUGGUGAGCUCAUCGUAGAGCACAUCUGCAGUGCCAAUGAUACGUCCUAGAGUUCUCUGCUUGUUGACCUCGUUUAGACCUCUUGCUGUCGUUUCUAUACUUCGUGUCCGCUGGCCUCUUUUUCCCUGUAUUCAUGCCCUCUCCUGUCUUUCCAAAC